GGGCAUGCCAGUUAUUGCAAGGAAUUCUUAGCACAGUGCUACAAAUAGUAUUCUGACGAGGAUGCUUGACCAUGCACCUUCAACUAGGUGUGUGCAGCAAAAGUAAUGAGAGAAGGGUCAAUGCUGAUGGCUAACAGAACUACAUAUUAUAGGGAUUUUUUUACAGCUACAGUACAACAAAAAUUGAGUGAAGAGGUGUCGUGGUGGUUGGAAAAUAUUUUCUCUCACACUUUAGUUUGAAUUACUCAAUUAAUACCUUGGUAUCUAUGGUUACUACUUAAGCAAAUGCGAUUGAACUAUGAUUUUUCAUGUAAUAAAAAUAUUUACUCAGUAACCGUGAUUAGUUUUUAAUUAUCCAGACGCACCUCGAACAAAAGUGAAGUUUGACCACAUAGCCGUUUUAGGAGGGUGAUUUUCAGUUUCUGAACAAUGUUGUGUCAACGUUAAACAUCUUAUCGAAAAACUAUUUGGAAACACUUUCUGAAGGAAUGAUGAAAGAUGACAUCGUCCGCCAAAAAACAGAAGGCUAAACUAACGGAGGAGACGAUAACUGAAUACAAGGCACAAUUUGAUGCGUUAGAUCAUGACAAAACGGGGAAAGUCUCGGUCCCAGAUGUAACUGUAUUGAUAAGAAAAGUAGGUCUGAUGCCGUCAAACCUAGAAAUUGAGGAGUUGAUAGCUGACGUCGACAAAGAAAAAACAGCACUUAUUGAAGGUAUAACGUUCGAUCAGUUUUGUGAAAUAGCAUCACGAAUGUACAAUGAAAUAUACACAGAAUCAGAUAUCAUUGAAGCUUUCCGUACAUUUGAUGUCGAAAAUAAUGGUUUCCUUUCAGCUUCUGAACUUCGUCGUGCACUAUGUACGGUGGGUGAAAAUCUGACUGAGGUGGAAAUGGAUGCAAUGCUAGAAAAAGCUAAAGUUGAUAGUGAUGGUAACGUGCACUACGAAGAAUUCGUUCGUUCUAUAACAUCAGACCUUUGACAAAAGUUACGAAAGUAUCCAAAGCGAAUACAAUACGUGAAGAAUAAAAUUUCGAAGACGUAAUGAUUAUUUUCAUUUUGGCAUUGCAUGUCUAAUAUAUAUUUGAUCGUCUUAAAUACAUGUGUUUACCG